UGCGUUGGCGUCUGACUGUGUCGUUGCAACCCUUCGCGGCAGGUACAUGGAGGAGCAAUUGCCGAUGAUGUGGUCCUCGGCGUAGCGUCAGCACCGGUAGCAUUUGAGCUGUCCACAUCAUUCACAUCGAGCCUACCCAUGGGAGGCUGGCUUGGUUGGAGUCUUGCAGAAUUAGAACUAUGAAAUGCGGAGACGCAAAGGUAGCCUUAGAUACCUCAGGCCACCGUUCGGUGGAUCCUGGUAUCCCCCGAAGGUGAUUGGCGGAGCCAGCCUGAGGCGGAAAGUCCCGCUUUGGCGAACCUUUCCCGCCACCUUAUAUGUGGUGAUGUAUGAAAGUUAUCUUGAAUUGAUUGUUGAGACCAGACAUAUUCACAAUACAAUACUAAUAUCAUUUGAAUCGUUAGAUCAAGCUUUACAUUAUCUAUUAGUUUUUGAAGAUCAUCGAAGAUGUCUCCCUCCUCUAGUUGUGAAACUUCAUAACUACAUUUCAGACGCAGACGAUACAUUAUCUGAAGACGAAUUGAUUGAAGAGGCCGAAAAUACUCCCUCCAACUUUUCCCUUCCGUUCACCGAUGAUGGUGCCCUGAAUACUACACCGAAAGCUCAAAACAAAGCAACUCAUACCUGCUAUGCCGAAAUCAUGUCAAUGAUGAAGAAGGGACAUUUUACUAGGAACCAGUUCCUCCUUUUUAUGAUCGAUAAGCAUACAGGGCAAAGGCAGACUGGGAAGCAUCAACUUGUUGAAGGGUUUCUUCUUGAUCUUCUCCUUGAUCCCGAUACGCAACGCCAUAUCAUUAAGCAUAGGCCUAAGCGUAUUCUUUCUAUUCUUCGACACAUCUUUACCUGCAUCAUCUCAGACGAAUUUGAAAGCCUGAUGCAAGACGAGUCUCAAGUUUUUGGGGCAUGGGAUGCUGAUAAGGCCCCUGGGAAUGUUGGAAGCAUGCAUCAGAUUGUCCGACAUAGGGCACCAUUAUUCUUCUCUAUUAUUGAGUCAGUUGCCCAGCCCCUAGGCAAGGCGAAAAAAUCUGGCCAGAAACCUCAUCAUGGACUUACUACAAUGAUUGCGUCCUCAUUGGCCUUUUCCCGGCAUAAAAAGCUAUCAAAUAAUCUUCCUAAGAGAAUUGGGCUUACAUUACAAGCUGCAGGUCUGUCUCGCAAAGGUCUGAAGUAUCUCCAUGCCUUUGGGAUGACUCCUACAUAUAAUACGCUUCGAAUUUCUACUCAGGAGACAAUCGGCACAGAAAUGCCUUAAACAGUUUGCAAAAUAUCCUGGACUGGCCGUUGCAAUGGACAAUUGUGAUGGGCAUGAGCGACCAUCCCAUCAGCGGAUUGGGAAUACAGGCGAAAUGUUCAGCUAUACAUCUGGAAUUGCAGCAGUCUGUCCUCGGAUACCUGAAAAUGGCCUUUUACAGACAAUGCGGAGACCAUUUACCCUCCUGCCUCCAGAACUCUUUAACCAUGAUGGAG